AUGGAGAGGAGUUUUAAUGCUAAGAGGGAUGAAAUUGAUCUCGCAAGUUUGGUAGAAAUUGUAUUUUCUUGGAGUUUCAACGAUGUUCGCAAUGAAAACCUCUGCAAGAACAAGGUGCAAAAUAUCCCACAAACAUUCAUGUCAGUAUCAGAUUACUUAAGCUCAUUCAUUCCUUCAUUGAUUGAAGAAACUCACAGUGACCUCUCUUCGAGCUUGUAUGGCAUGCUUCGGGCGCCUUUUUGUGAGGUAUUGAUAGGUGAACCUGAAAGAUCCAAAAGCUACCUACCAACCAAGUUCUUGUUUUAUCAAAUCUCAGUGAACAGAACUAAUAAUGAUUCAAAAGAUGUUGGAACAUAUGAACCAGAAGUUGGAGAUCUCAUUGCCUUGACAGAUUUCAAACCGAAAUCUGUGGAAGACUUAAACCGGCCUAGAAGAUAUUAUCACAUUGCUUAUGUUUAUGGGUCAAAAGAAAGUACAGGCAAGAUCUCGGUUUUGUCUUCUAAAUGCAUUAACAUGGAGAUAAACUCUAAUUACCUAAGGAGCAACAGUGCACCAAAGCUUUAUGCUACCUACCUUUUGAAUCUGACAACAAAUAUUCGUGUUUGGAAAGCCUUAAACUCAGAGUUGGAAGGUGCAAACAUGAACAUGAUUAAAAAGGUGCUGCAAGCUAACUCAAAUAAUGGAGAAAACUGUCAACUUUGCAUUUCCGGGGAAAACCAUAUUGCAGCUUGUUUUAGAAUACAAACCAUGAUCCAAUCUCAGAAUCUGAAUGAUUCCCAAAAAGAUGCAGUUUUAAGCUGUGUUUCCAUGAGUGAAUGUCAUCACAGUGAAACUAUAAAACUUAUUUGGGGUCCACCAGGGACUGGCAAAACAAAGACAGUGGCUUCAUUGUUAUUUUCCCUGCUCAAGUUUGAAACCAGAACAUUGACAUGUGCUCCCACUAAUACUGCAGUGUUGGAAGUGGCUGCUCGCCUGCAGAAUUUAGUUAAGAAGUCACUUGAGCAUAAUACCGAAACAUAUGGUUUUGGUGACAUAGUGAUAUUCGGCAACAGAUCUCGAAUGAAAGUAGACGAUUACCGCUGUCUCCAGGAUAUCUUUCUGGAUUAUCGCGCAAGUAAUCUUUUGAGGUGUUUUGCUCCAUCCACAGGAUGGAAACAUCAGUUAGAAUCAAUGAUCAUGUUGCUUGAGGACCCCUCAAAGCAAUUUGGUUUGUAUAAGCUUCGUGCAGAUGAUAUUAUGUCAUUAGAACAAUUUGCAAAACAAAAACAGAGUGAUAUAGAACUUGCAUAUAGUUCAUCUAAGCAAGAUGAGAAGAAUGGUGAUCCUAUGACAUUAGAGCAAUUUAAGAAGAAUGAAUACCUUUCAUAUAAGGAAAACAAAAAGAACAGUGUCAUAACAUUGGAACAAUUUGUUAAGCAGAGAUUCAGUUACAUAGGAGUUGAGCUCAAGGUAUGCAUGCAAACCUUGUAUACACACCUACCAACAUCUUUAGUUCCAUUUGAGGAGAUGAAGAAAAUUCCUAUAGCUAUUGAUUUGCUAACAUCUCUUGAAAGCUCCUUGAAUAAAGCCAAGAUGAAACAAGCCCUUGACGACCGUGCAGAUGGAGAAAGCAUUUUUCACUGCCUUGGGGGGUUAAACAUCAAAAGAAAAGAGUGUCUUGGCUUACUAAGAUCACUUCUUAAGACAGUUUCACUUCCAAAAGUUACUGACAAAUAUGGAACAGAAAAAUUGUGCUUGAUGAAUGCACGGCUGAUUUUCUGUACUGCAUCAAGUUCUACUAGACUUUUCGCAGAAGGAAUGACACCGAUACAAUUUCUGGUUAUUGAUGAAGCAGCUCAGCUAAAAGAAUGUGAAUCAGCUAUUCCAUUGCAGCUGCCAGGUCUCUACCAUGCUAUUCUCAUAGGUGAUGAGAGACAGCUUCCUGCAGUAGUCAAAAGCAAGGAUAAUGAAGAGGCUGGAUAUGGAAGAAGUUUGUUUGAGAGGUUGGUAUUGUUGGGAUACAAGAAGCAUCUUCUUAACACUCAGUAUAGGAUGCAUCCAUCCAUCAGCUUAUUCCCAAAUAAAGAAUUCUAUGACAAGCAACUUGUCGAUGCCCCUAUUGUAAGAGAAAUGGGAUAUAAUAGGUGUUUCCUUGAAGGAAAAAUGUAUGCUUCUUUUUCUUUUAUAAACAUAGCUAAGGGUAAAGAGCAGCGAGGUCGUGGACACAGUUCAAAGAAUAUAGUGGAGGCUGCUGCUAUCUCCAAGAUUAUUGGAAACCUUGAAGAAGAAUUUUUGAGGACAAGGAAGAAAGUUAGCAUAGGAAUCAUAUCUCCAUAUAAAUCUCAGGUGUAUGAAAUUCAAGAAAAAAUAAAGCUAAGCAAUUCUGUUUCUGAUCCAGAUUUUUCUGUUAGUGUUCGUUCAGUCGAUGGCUUUCAAGGUGGUGAAGAAGAUAUAAUAAUAAUCUCCACAGUGAGAUCUAAUGGUGAUGCAAAAGUAGGUUUUCUUUCUAAUAGGCAAAGAGCGAAUGUGGCACUGACUCGGGCUAGACAUUGCCUUUGGAUAUUAGGGAAUGAAACAACUUUAGAAAAUAGUGACACUGUAUGGAAAGAACUAGUCCUUGAUGCUAAGGAAAGAGGGUGUUUCCAUAAUGCCGAUGAGGACAAGAAACUGGCUGAGGCUAUUGAGGAUGCCUUGCUUGAGAUUGAACUGCUCGAGGAACCUGAAUCGCCAUUUAAGAAACUUAGUCUACAAGACAGAUCAGACAGAUUUGCUACCACCUCUAGAGGUUUCUCCGGGGGCAGGGGCAGGCCGCCACCACGGAGAUCAAGGUGGUAA